AUGUCGCACGCCGGUACGUACUCUCAACCGCCCGAUGAGUACACGCUGCUCCAGCACUUCAACGCCGUGGACGCGAACGGGAACGGCGCGAUCGAUGGUCGCGAACUCCAAAAGGCGCUCGCUAAGAGUGGUUUGGCGUUUUCAUUGCAGACGAUCGCGCAGUUGAUUCGUUUACACACACCGCCCACGAACGUGAAUGGGGCGUUGUCGUUCACCGAGUACAAGCGUGUGCACGAGUUCUUGACGAACGCCACGCAGUCGUUCGAGCACUUUGAUGAAUCGCGAAGCGGCAAGCUUAACAAGCAAGAGAUCUUUGCGGCUUUGGGAUACAUUGGUUUUGGGGACGUGGACGAGACGGCGAUCAAGCACGCGUGUAAGGCGUUCGACCCCGAUCGAACGAACGAUUUGGGGAUCGAUCAGUACAUUGGUCUAGUCUUGUUCCUCACGUUCGCGAGAAAGACGUUCGGAUCGUUCGACUCCACGGGCUCGGGGCGCAUAACUAUAGACUUUAAUCAAUUCGUGUACGCAGCGUCAAAGACGAGAUGA